GUGACGGACAGAGCUCGGAGUGCUGUGGAUGAAACCAAACACAAGGCUGGAGACGCAGCGGACAGAGCUUCGGAGCAAGGCAAAGGCCUGUUUGGAACACUCGGUGAAAUGGCUAGUAACUUGAGGAACGCUGUGGCCGGGACUACCGAGGACGUGACGCACGAUAGAACCGAGCUGGUUGCCAACAGAGCCGAUGAGCUGAAGGAGAAAGGCAAGAAUGCGGCGGAUGACUCGGUUGACGAGACAAAAGACGAGGCUUCUGAGCGAGGCAAUGCUCUCUUGGAUCGUGUCAAAGGCACCGCGGAAGACACACGUAACAAGGUGUAUGAAACGAAGGAUGAGGCUGCAGCAAGAGGGACCCGGGUGGUGGACAAAGUCAAGGAUACGGCGGGGAUCUUGAAGCAGAAAAGUGAAGACGCUGUCGAAAAUGUAAAGCACAAGACCGAUGAGACGGCAGAUCGAGGCAAAGGUGUACUGAAUUACGUCAAGGGUGUUGUCACAACGCCAACAGCCGGAGAGCACCAACAACAUCGGCCACAGAAAGCAGAGGCCCCUCAACCACAGCAACGUAACCUUCGAGAAAAAUACGAGGAGGCAAAGAGCAAAGCCAGAGACAAUGCCGAGAAAGUGAAGGAAAACACCAAGCAACGCAUGGAGGCGGCGACUGAAGCUGGCAGGGGGAUCCUGGACGCAAUCGGGGAUGUGGCUUCCGAGUUCACGGACGUAUUACAGGGAUCGACUCGUCAUGUACAGUCCGUGUCGGCUCGUGAGGUUGACGCACAGCGCGCAAUGUCGGCAGCUCAAGGCAGAACGCAAGUGCCUCCCAAUCUCGCCAAACUCAACGACGCUGCCCGCGAGGAGACCGAGCGGAUUGUAGCUGAGCAAAAAGCGCUGGAUGAUGCUGCUGCCACCGCAUCGUCUUCACCACCACCAACUAAAGAGCAGGACAAGAGCGUCAUUGAAUCCGUGGCUGAGUGGGUCGUGGACAGGAAGCAGCAGCUUACAGACGAGAUGACACAGCGCGUAGUCGAAGCAGAGAAAGCCAAGCAGGACGAGGAGAGGAACAAGCGCUAGCUUGGAGCGUGUACCU